AUGCUUACUCAACCACAAACACUUGUCAAUCGAAAUCAAGUGAAUCGUGAAUGCCUUUAUGCAUGGUAUCCAGAAGUUGUCGAUAGAAAUCAACCCACACCUGAUGCACGAGACAUUUAUGUAAACAAUGGAAUAAAUAAAAAUUUAAUAAAAAAUGACAUUGAGUGUAUCAAACGUUAUGAGCAGAGUGUUGCUCCAAGUGAACAAAUAUAUCGCUCCACAGAAACGAUAGAUGAAGCAUUAAAAACUCCGUGGGCAUUACAUUACGAAGUGAAACGACGACCAGCAACACCAAAUAUUCCAUCAAAUGAUAAAAAUACUGAAAUGAAUACGUUAACCGGACCACCGCGACGACUAAAAAGUGCACCAUUAAUGCGUAUAAUGCAACCCACACCAGUUCUAAAUAUUCCUCAACCAAGAAAUUUGGGCAUAUUUCAACAAUUACACGAACAACAUCGACAUGUAAAAUCUUCGAGAUCAUCUUCGGCCAAAGCCCGUCUGAAUACUUCUACUAAUAGCUGUCAAGAUAGUACUCAUAAAGAACAAUCAAUAGUUCGUCGAGAAACAAAAUCGGCUCAUGUAAGCAGAAGUCAAUCUUUUAAACCUCAAACUGGUGGAAAACUAUCCGAUAGUGAAAUAGAAACGGUUUUAACGAAGGUAUAUGGCAGACCAGUAAAUCAACCAGUACCACCACCAACUUAUGAACUUAUUGUCAAACAAAUUGAUCCUCCUCCAUCUUCUGUACCACAGCCAGUUUAUACUUAUACCAAAGCGAAUUCAUGGUGUGGUGAAUUAUCCCAAGAGAAGGAGAAUGGCAAUGUUGAAACACGAAGUCUGAUUAGUGAAAUUCCACUAAAUCCACAUUACAUACAUCGUUCUGGUGUGAUAGCCAUUCCAAAUACGGAUAAGAAGCCAGUUAUUCAAACAAUAAAUUCGAAUGACAACAAAAAUCUCAAACGACGUUUUAGAAUGCGAAAACUAAAGAGCCGCGAUGACAAACGACAUACACUCAAUGAACCAUUAUUAGCUCUAACACCAAUGUAUAAUGGAAAUUAUUCAAUGAUUGAACCAAAAAAAGUUGAUAACAUUAAUAAUACGUUUUCAGUAGAAGUAGGAGGCGUCAAAUUAAUAUAUGAUCCAGAUAUACGAUUAGAUGAUCCAUCGCCUCAAAUGACCAAGUAUCUUGUUGAUGGUAGAUUGUAUCUUAUUAAAAAUCAACGAUACAACUUUAUUGAUAAUGUAGAUGCUAAAGAGAUGGAAAAAUAUAAUGAAAAUUUAAAACUUAACGAACGUCCGAAAUAUUAUCAGACUAUUCCAAUUGAAAAAUUUAAAUUAUCCACUCCGCCUCCCGAGUUACAUUACAAUGCCACCGAAACAUACUUUUAUAAUACGGUACCAAAACAGCCGCAACGUUAUGUCGUUUCUCCCGACUGGAUAUCUGAAGAUCUUAAUGUACAUAAAAUUUCAUUAAAAAAGCGUCCACAAACUAGUACUACACCGGCUCUUUAUCGACGAGAUAUUGCACUAGCAUAUUAA